AUGGCAGGAGGAACUCGUCACACGAACUUCUGUGACAACAUAGAAGCCUAUCACAACAAAAAGAAAGAAGAGCAAUUUUAUGACUUUAUCAUCCGGGACAAAGAUGUCCCGGAUGUUUUUUCUUCUGUAUUUAGAUGUGAUCGUUUUGCACCAUCCGCGAACUAUUUCAUGAUACUCACAAAUUUUAUGAUGCUAUUUUUGUAAUUACUGACAACACCAACAUACUGUUUCCAUUUGCUCAAAACAGUGGUUGUCAUGCAGCUUUAUAAAGAAGGAGAGAGAAGCCGUUGUGCAUUAUUCUUCAUAUAAUAGAGAGAUUAAGAUUCACGGUUACGCCAAACAGCAAACGUCAGAUUCAUGUUGAGAUUGUCUCAGAAUAGAAAAUAAGCAGAUAAAAACUCUCCAGAACAAUUCUUAUGGAAAAAAACUGGCGUGAAGCUACUUAUUUUUUAGUAGAAGUAAUAAAAAGUAAACGAAAAUUACGGGGAAAACCUGGUCACGUGGUACAAAUUCACGUUUGCCGUUUGGCGUAAACGUGAAUCUUAAACUCUCUAAUAAGGAGGUACACACGUCUACUGUUCAAAGAAUUUCCGAACAGGUAAUCCAUACCAAGACUUGUCUUAAGAAUCUAUAAAGUUNAAAACUGGCGUGAAGCUACUUAUUUUUUAGUAGAAGUAAUAAAAAGUAAACGAAAAUUACGGGGAAAACCUGGUCACGUGGUACAAAUUCACGUUUGCCGUUUGGCGUAAACGUGAAUCUUAAACUCUCUAAUAAGGAGGUACACACGUCUACUGUUCAAAGAAUUUCCGAACAGGUAAUCCAUACCAAGACUUGUCUUAAGAAUCUAUAAAGUUUUAGAAUCGUUUCAGUUCAGUAUUUCAGAGUGACUCAAAGCAAUUUUCCUUCUUGUGCGGUGAGUUGUAAUUUGACUUGUUUAAUUUUUACAAGCUGUUGCUAUGGUAAUUGACUCUGAGCAAACAAAUUUGCGUCAGCUGGGAUAUUUGAAGUGUCCAGAUUGGCCUCAUUUAAAUCGGAGUUGAUCUAGUGCUUGGUGGUGUUUUUUUUUUCAGCUUCAGAGGGUAAAUUCUUCUAACCAAGAAUGGCAGGAGGAACUCGUCACAGGAACUUCUGUAACAACAUAG